GAACAGGGCAAAAGGAGUGGGCAGAGAGGGCCUCCUCGCCGCGUGUCCCCGGCAAUCCCGUCCGCCCGGGCGCCGCGGGCCGCGCGCCUCGGGUUCCGCGGGCUGCAAUCUAUCGCGGAAGGGGAGAGCUGGUCCGCGUUGGCCGCUGCCAUGGAGAAAAGAGGCGGUGGCGGCGGCGGCGGCGGCGGCGGGAGGGGGUGAUCCCGCGGGCCGCCCCCUUCGCGAUCCGGUCCCCUUCCCCUCUCUCCCCCCCCCACCCCGCCUAACCCCCCGAUGAGACUCUGCCUGGCCUGGCUGGGCUGCUACCUCUUGUCUCUGUGGGUGCUGAGGAAGAGGAUGUGGGCUGGCCCUGCCAGGUACCUCCGGAGCCCUUUAUCCAGGUCUCUCUACGCCAACAUGAUGGGGAGCCACAGCCAGACGGAGCCGGUCCUCAAGGAGAGCCACCAGUGGUACUUGUGCAAUACGGAGCAGCUGUGUGAAUCCCUUCAGCCGGUCUUCAUCCAGAGUUACCUUGACCAAGGGACACAGAUCUUCUUAAACAACAGCAUUGAGAAAUCGGGCUGGCUGUUCAUUCAGCUUUAUCAUUCCUUCAUGUCCUCUGUUUUUAGCCUGUUUAUGUCUAGGACGUCCAUCAAUGGGUUGCUGGGAAGAGGUUCGAUGUUUGUAUUUUCACCAGAGCAAUUUCAGAGACUGCUUAAAAUAAACCCGGACUGGAAAUCUCGUCGGCUUCUCGAUUUGGGAGCCGGGGACGGAGAGGUGACAAAAGUCAUGAGCCCCCACUUCGAAGAAAUCUAUGCCACUGAAUUGUCUGAAACCAUGAUAUGGCAACUGCAGAAAAAGAAAUACAGAGUGCUCGGCAUCAACGAUUGGCAGAACACAGGAUUCCAGUAUGACGUCAUCAGCUGCUUGAAUCUGCUUGAUCGCUGCGAUCAGCCAUUGACUGUAUUAAAAGAUAUUAGAAGCGUACUGGAGCCAACCAGGGGCCGGCUCAUCCUAGCCCUGGUUCUUCCUUUUCAUCCGUACGUGGAAAAUGGUGGCAAAUGGGACAAACCUUCCGAAGUGCUGGAAAUCAAAGGACGCACGUGGGAAGAACAAGUGAACAGCUUACCGGAGGUUUUCAGGAAAGCCGGGUUUGCCAUAGAGGCUUUUACUAGACUGCCCUACCUGUGCGAGGGGGACAUGUACAAUGAUUUCUACGUCUUGGACGACGCCGUCUUCGUCCUCAAGCCCGUGUGAGCGCGCGUCCCCCCCACACACACACACACCGGUCGAACCCACGAAGCAGCCCGUGAAUGAAGCGUCUUUUGACUCUGUUUUUUUCCUUAUUAACUGCAAGAGGAGAGAGAGGAAGGAAUGAGAUUUUGUUUUUUGGUUUUUUUUGUUUUUUGGUGGUUGUCCUUUGAAAUCGGCAUCAUGUAUGAAGAACUCUAAAAGGUCCAAAUACUAAUUUCUUUGUAGUAUGUAAAAGAAGAAAAAAAAGGACUUUUUUUAAAAAAAGGCAGAACUUUUCCAUUGGUGAUUUCUUAACCCCACCCCCCCACCCCUGGCAACGCACCUGCAAUCCGACAAUAAAUUGAAGAUAUUUUUUAUACCUAAUAAUGGUAGGGUUCAUGAUUCAGCAAUAGCCAAGAUACUGCACCAAUGGAUAACUUUUCAGCUGGUUGGUUUUUUUUAAGUCAUCGGAAGACCGUACUGGCAAUAAAACGGUCCGUUCAAUAUAAGACUAAACUGGGUUGUGGAACGAGCAGUCGGAAUGGAUUUUUUCUUCCAUGCUUAAUGACGUUAUUUUAUCUGUCCGUCUUCGGCAAAUGUUUUUAAUCAUGCUAAUAAAAACCUUUUUUGAGAUGA